AUGAAGAGAGGGAAAGGGAGGAACAACGGCUUGUUGCCCCACUCGUUGAGGAUCAUCUCUUCUUGUCUCAAAACUGUAUCUACAAACGCUACCACUGUUGCUUCCACUGUUCGUACCGCUGGCGCUUCCGUUGCUGCUUCCAUUUCGGCUUCCGUAGAGGAUCACAAAGAUCACGUGACGUGGGCUGGAUUUGACAAGCUGGAGCUUGGUCCAUCUGCCUUCAAACGUGUUCUGUUACUUGGGUAUCAGAACGGGUUUCAAGUGCUUGAUGUAGAGGAUGCCUCCAAUUUUAGCGAGCUUGUGUCAAAGCGUGAUGGUCCAGUUUCGUUCUUACAGAUUCUGCCCUUGCCUGUGAAGUUGGAAGGCCUUGAAGGAAACAUCAGAUCAUCACAUCCUUUACUGUUAGUAGUGGCAGGGGAUGAUGUCCACAAUUUAAACCAAGGUCAAGCUCCUAGUCACUUUUCUGGGCCUGGAGGGAGAGAUGGUACCCAUUCUCCUUCAUCUGUUCGGUUUUAUUCACUCCGGACUCACUGUUACGUGCGCGCACUAAGAUUCCGCUCAGCUGUGCUUAUGGUCAGAUGUAGCCCUCGGAUCAUUGCUGUGGGACUUGCAACUCAAAUAUUCUGUAUUGAUGCUCUUACUUUGGAGAACAAAUUCAGUGUUCUUACUUAUCCUGUUCCUCAACUGGCUGGAGAAGGAGGAUCAACUGGAGUUAAUGUAGGUUAUGGUCCAAUGGCUGUUGGUCCCAGGUGGUUGGCUUAUGCUUCCAAUAGUCCAUUGUUGUCAAGCAUUUGCCGCUUAAGCCCGCAGAACCAUACUACUUCUCCUGGUGUUAGUGUAUCCACUUCACCAAAUGGCAGCAGUAGUUUGGUGGCCCGCUAUGCAAUGGAAUCUGGCAAACAUCUUGCUGCUGGAAUUGUUAACCUAGGGGAUAUGGGGUACAAGAGUUUGUCUAAAUAUUGUCAGGAGCUGCUUCCUGAUGGUUCUAGCUCUCCAGUGUCAUCGAACUUUGACUGGAAAAUUGGUAGACGUGGAGGUUAUGAUAUGGACAAUGCAGGAAUGGUAGUUGUCAAGGACCUUGUGUCACGAGCUAUUAUUUCACAAUUCAAGGCCCAUUUGAGUCCAAUAUCAGCAUUAUGUUUUGAUCCUAGUGGGACCCUGCUGGUUACUGCUUCAGUUUGUGGUAAUAAUAUAAAUAUAUUUAGGAUUAUGCCGAGUUCCACGCAGAAUGGCUCAGGUGCGCCAAUCAGCGAUAGAAGCUCAUCUCAUGUCCAUCUUUACAAGCUACAUCGAGGAAUAACUUCAGCUAUCAUCCAGGAUAUAUGCUUUAGUCAUUACAGUCAAUGGAUUGCAGUUGUUUCAUCCAAGGGCACCUGCCAUAUUUUUGUUUUAUCCCCUUUUGGUGGUGAUUCUGGAUUUGAGUCUCUUGGUUCUACCACGGACGAAGGACCCUCCCUUCACCCACUUCUGUCUCUGCCUUGGUGGUCAACUUCUUCUUGCACAAUCAGUAAACAUGGCUCUCCACCUCCACCUCCCAUUUGUCUUUCUGUGGUGAGCAGAAUAAAGUACAGUAGCUUUGGAUGGCUUAGUAAUACAGUUGGGAGUGUUACUGGCUCUUCUGCAUCAGGAAAAGUUUUUGUUCCAUCUGGUGCUGUUGCUGCUGUGUUUCAUAACUCUGUACCCCAAAAGUCGAUUUGUGAUGAUACCCCGAGGACCAGUUCCUUGGAGUACUUGUUAGUCUAUGCUCCAUCAGGUCAUGUAGUUCAGCAUAAACUUUUCCCCUCAAUUGGGUCAGAAACCAGCGGAACUGGUUCAGCACCGCAGCCAUCUUUAAUUACUCAUAUACAGGAUGACGACCUGAAGGUGAAGGUUCAACCUGUUCAAUGGUGGGAUGUUUGCAGAAGAUCAGAUUGGCCUGAAAGGGAGCAAUGUAUAUGUGGCCAAGAUGCUGCAGACACAAAUCAGAGAAAAUCUGAUUGUGGGAAUAAUUCCAGUGUGGAUUUUCUGGAUAUCAAUGGAGAUGCCAGUCAAAAGGACAAGAGGGCAUAUCUUUUGAAGUCUGAUGAAAAAUCUCAUUGGUACCUGGCGAACGCCGAGUUACACAUUGCCUCCUGGAGGUUCCCUGCUUGGGAAAAGUCUAAGAUAUAUUUCUAUGUGAUGGAUCCUCAACGAGUUGAUACUAAUACGAAUGAGGAGUCUGAGAUAGAAAAGGUUCCUGUCCACGAAAUUGAGGUUAAGAGGAAGGAGUUACUACCAGUUUUUGACAUUCGUCAUUCUAUCAAGCAAGGCUGGAAUGAGAAUGACAGAUCACUUGCUGGGGCGAAAUAUAUUCUGCCAUCAGUAUCUGAUCAUCAUGAAUCUGACGAUGGCAAGAAUCUGCAGGAGACUGUAAUUUGUGACUCAAAGCCAUCUUCCGGUUGUUCAACUGAAAGCUCAGAAUGUGGUUCAUCAAGAAGAAUCGAGCAUCUGCUUGAUCUGGACCAUAUCAACUCUGAGAAGUCACAGAUACCAACUUCUCAGUACUUGAUUGACACCCACGAGGAAAACAUAGAACAUCAUCCUUUUGAGUUUUGUAAAUCUGUGAAGCUUCCGGGUGCUCUUAGCGUUGAUUUUUUGUUUCCUAAUCACCCACUGAAUGCAGAUUCUCCUGUUCAUGGAAAUACUGCCAGUGAUAUGCUCUCAUUAGAUGGUGACUUGCCUGCUGUUGGGAAGGUCACUUCUGAAGAUGCAAGUUUGAUCUCUACUAAGAGAGAUGGAGCAGCGAAUUUUACAGCCACUGGAAUGAUAGCAGGAUUCGAGCUGUCUCUCAACGAGGGUCUUAUUACCAAUGAGGGACUCCAUGGAUCAGCCGAUGUCAGUGGUAAUAAUCUGGAAUGCAGCAGUAAUCGCAGAUAG